UCUCUGUCUUUUCCCAUGCGACGACCCCAGCAGCACAAGAAGAAGAUAGGACGACUCUGGUGCAGGCGUUUCUCCGAGCAGGGCUCUACCUUCCGGGUCUUAACCAGGGAAAUAAUCUACCUCACAUGCCCUUCUUAGCCGUCCAUAUAACUGUCCUGUAACAACAGCCGUCGGAAAUCCCACAUCCAUUAAUCGCGAUGCACCCAACGAACCAACCAUCUCUCUCGAAACAAGCCCACCCUUUCUCUUCUUCUCCCAUCUCGAGCCGUGAAACCGCUUGCCUUCUUCUCUUCCUUCCUUUUCUCUUCUUCUUAUUCGUUCCUACCUAAAACCCGACAUUUUAAAGUAUCGCCCGUUACGAUACGGCGCGAUACGGGCUGGUUUUUCGGUGGCGAGUGUUACACAGCUCUAUCUCAUGAAAAAACUAGCUCCUUCGAUCCUUUCUCUUCUAACGCAAGAUCUGCUCUUGAAAAUCCUCGAUCGAAUCGACAGCGACUUAGAUCGGAAGUCAUGGAGACUCGUCUGCAAGGAUUUCCACCGAGUCGACUCGCUCCACCGGAGAUCGAUCCGAGUCAUUCGUCCCGACUCGCUCUCUUCCCUCCUCCGCACGUACCGAUCUCUCGAGCUCCUCGAUCUCUCUAUCUGCCCCCGCAUCGACGACCGGUCCAUAUCUCUCGCCUUCUCCGCUUCCGGCCGGGCCCAGCGGCUUAGAUCGCUGGUCCUGUCCCGGGCCAGUGGCCUGAGAUCCGGCGGCCUGGCGCUGGCUGUACGGUCGUGCCCGUCCCUAGAGUCGAUUGACGUGUCGCACUGCUGCGUGCUCGGCGACCACGAGGCGGCCGCGAUAUCAUUGGCGGCGGGUUUGAGGGAUCUGAAGCUGGUGAAGUGCUUGGGCGUGACGGAUGUUGGGCUGGCGAAAAUCGCCGUCAGGUGCGGCGCGCUGCGGAGCUUGAAUUUGAAGUGGUGUUUGAAGAUUACGGAUCUUGGAAUUGAUCUCCUUUCGAAGAAAUGCAGGGAUUUGAAGGUUCUGGAUAUCUCCUACCUCAAGGUGACAAACCAUUCGCUCCGUUCGAUUGCUUCUCUGCCAAAGCUGGAGGCUUUAUCGAUGGUUGGAUGCUCGUUCUUCGACGAUGAUGGGUUGGAUUAUCUUGGCAAUGGGAGCCCUUCUCUCCAGAUUAUCAAUAUCUCAAGGUGUGACAAUGUCAGUUCAUGCGGAUUAAAUUCAGUGAUUAAAGGGCAUGAGGGUCUUCGGCAGAUCAAUGCUGGGAACUGUUUUCCUGAGCUCUCAAUGCCUUUCCUAUCGAAACUGAAGGACCUGAAGAGCUUGAAUUCAAUCAGGUUAGAUGGAUUCCGAGUUUCAACUUCGAUCUUGCAGAUCAUCGGUCUCAGCUGCAAGAGUUUGGUGGAAAUGGGGCUAAGCAAAUGCAGUGGUGUGACUGAUGAAGGCAUUACAGAGCUUGUAUCUAGCUGCAUGGAGCUAAGGACCCUUGAUCUCACGUGCUGCCAUCUGCUCACGGAUGAUGCUAUUUUGGCUGUAGCAAACUCUUGUAAGAAGCUUGCAUGCCUCAAGUUGGAGUCUUGUGCUCUGAUCACUGAAAAAGGCCUUGAUAAGCUUGGAUCUUGUUGUCCCUUUCUACAGGAGGUAGAUCUCACAGACUGUAGCAUAAAUGAUACAGGGUUGAAGUGUUUGAGUAAGUGUUCUGAACUGGUGGACUUGAAAUUAGGCCUUUGCCCAAACAUAUCUGACAAGGGACUCAUUCACAUUGGAUCUAACUGCAAAAAGCUUAAAGAACUCGAUCUGUACCGGUGUUCAGAAAUUGGCGAUGAUGGAUUAGCUGCCUUAGCAAGCGGAUGUAAGAAGCUGAGACGGCUGAACUUGUGUUACUGUUCUCAGAUCACUGACAGAGGUUUGAAAUAUCUAAGCAGCUUGGAAGAGCUUGCAGACCUCGAAUUGCGGCGUUUGGUAAAGAUUUCAAAUUUGGGGGUGGCUUUGAUCGCGAUCGGGUGCAAGAGUCUGGUGGAAUUAGAUUUGAAGCGGUGCUACUUGAUUAACGAUAUGGGCUUAUGGGUGCUAAUCCAGCAUGCAAGGAACCUGAGACAGCUAAACAUCUCUUACUGCCCGGUUUCUGAUGCGGGUCUGUACGCGCUGCUUGGGAACUUGGAGUGCCUAAUGGAUGUGAAACUGGUACACAUCACUCGAGCCUCACCACAGGGGUUCGAGCUUGCGUUGAGAGCUUGUUGCGAUCGGCUCAAGAAGGUUAAGUUGCCUGGUAGUCUGAAGCAUUUGCUGUCUCUGGAGCUGAUUCAGACCCUGCAAGCCAGGGGCUGUAGGAUAAGGUGGAUUGACAAGCCUUUGGUUUUGGUAUGAAUUUCAGAGUCUUCUUUCCAUUGAAGUCUAAAAACCAUUCUAGAGUUAAAGAGAUAGUUGUCUGUGAUGUUGCAGGAAUUAUAUGUUUCAUGGUCCUCAUAUUUGCACAAUAUACAUUAGUUUCCAAAUCUGGCAAGUGGGGUCCAUUGUUUGGUAAAUCAAGGCCAUUGCUCAGUUGUGCUGCCAUUUGGAUGUACCGUAACUCGAAAUUCUCCAUCUGCAGCUCAAAACAGACUAAUGGAUUGGAUUAUCAAAUUGUAGGACCCACUUGUUAGAAUUGAAAACCUGUGUAUGUUGUAGAAAGGUGUGGGCCACUUAAUAGUAUGAUUCCUCACAUCUGUUCAUAUGUUAUGAAAAGAGAGAGAGAGAGAUUGAGUGAGUGGACAACAUUUAAGAUGUGUGGAAUUGUAAUGCAUUGUUAUAUUUAUAGAGAUGCAUUUAAGCA